CAAGUGUCUGGCGAAUAUAAAUGUAUGAGUUACUCUUUAACUUCUUAUUAUGCUAUUGCUAUACAGUUAAUAGAGAGUUUUGAAGAGGUUGAAUUAGUACAUGUUCCUAGAGAGGAAAAUUGGGAGGCCGAUGAAUUAUCACAGCUAGCAUCUGGCCUACGUCUGUCGGAGGAGUUAACUCACCGACUAGUAAUGGUACAAAGAAAAACUCACCCUUCAAUUUUUAAAAGAGGAGUACAACUAGAUAUUUUCAAUAUUGAUGAUAACUUAGUACAGGAUUGGAGGAGAGACAUUAAAAAGUACCUGGAGAAUCCUAGCAAGAAGAUGAUGUAUAAAGUAAGAGUGAGAGCUGUUAACUACGUGCUCAUAGAAGAUGUUUUAUACAGAAGAGGAUUCGACAACCUAUUGCUAAGAUGCCUUGGAACUACAGAGGCACUAGAGGUCAUGAAACAAACUCAUGAAGGAGUUUGUGGAGCACAUCAAUCCGGAGUGAAAAUGAGAUGGCUGAUCCGAAGACAUGGUUACUUCUGGCCAUCUAUCCUAAAAGAUUGCAUGACUUUUGCAAAGGGUUGUCAAUCGUGCCAAAGGUAUGGAAACAUACAAAGACUUCCAGCUGCUGAGUUGAAGUCUGUCAUCAAACCAUGGCCAUUCAGAGGUUGGGCCAUAGAUUUGAUAGUGUUACCCAUGGAGGUGGUGGUGAGGUCAUUGAGAGUAGCUAAGCAGAAUCAUUUGACUCCAGAAGAUUACAAUGAAACCAUGAUGAUGGAGUUAGAAAAUCUAGAAGAAGGGAGACUUCAGGCUUUAAACAACAUGAUAAUACAGAAGAAGAAAGUCUCCAGAAGCUACAACAAGAAAGUUAGACCUAAGACAUUUCAAGAAGAUGAGCUAGUAUGGAAGUUGAUCUUACCCCCUGGUACUAAAGAUAGAGAAUAUGGGAAAUGGUCUACUAAUUGGGAAGGGCCAUUCUUAGUCCACAAGGUGAUGAAGGGGAAUGCGUACUGGCUAUCAAGUCUAGAGGGUGAGCCUCAUAGAAAAUUUAUUAAUGGAAAGUACUUGAAGAAAUACACUCCCACCAUCUGGGAGAAAUACAACUUAGAAAUGACUUAAUGGCUUUUAGCCAUACAUGUACUGCAGAUUAUGUAACUUGUUUUAGCAAUAUCAGUACAUGAGUCGUAACAUUGUGGCUUUUUAGCCGAGUGUAUUAUCAGAUUUUUAGUAGUUUGGCUAUUUUGGCUAAACCUGUACUUUUUCAUUAACUUAUGGAUUUUGGCACAAGAUGUAAUGUAAUGGCUUUUAGCCAUUUUUGAUAAUUAAAAUUCUAAAAUUUGGCUACUUUAGCUAAAUUGGUGAGGCUAUAAUUAGUCGACUAUAGAAAAUUAAUUCCAGAAGUUGGUUCUAGAAGUCGACUCCUAAAAGUUGAUUCCUAGAAGUUCUAGAAGCUGACUUCUAAAAGUG